AUGCCUUCCGACAAGGCCGUCGCGGAGCCGUUUGGCAACCGCGCUCCGUUUGCGGAACCGUCGUGGUACAACGCCCUGGCUUCGCCGUAUUACAAGGAAUCCCAUCGACGGGUGCGCGAUCACGUUCGACGAUACGUCGACGAGCACAUCGCGCCGAAUAUCCAAGAGUGGGAGGAAAACGGGCACGUGCCGGACGAGGCCCGGCUCCGGUACGCCCGGGCGGGCCUGGCGUUUCCUGAGCUGCCGGGCGAGUACCGGGGAGGUGUGCCCUUGCCGGGCGGGGUUCCCAUUGAGGGUGACUUUUUUUUUCUCUCCCGUUAUUCGGCUGGAGAAUGUUUUCUGCUAACGUCGAUUCUGUCCCUAGAAUGGGAUACUUUCCACUCCCUUGUCCUGGGCUAUGAGCUAAGCAAGAUAUGGGCCGCCGGCGUGUCGGCGGGCCUCUCCGGCGGCACGACCAUCGGGGUUCCUCCGGUCAUCCACCACGGCACCGAUGAGCAAAAGAAACGCUGGCUCCCAGGGAUCUUUACCGGGCAGACAAGCUUUUGUCUCGGUUGCACAGAACCUACCGGUGGGUCAGACCUAGCAAACCUAAGAACCACGGCGGUCAAGACGGAUGAUGGCCGAUACUACGUCGUGAAUGGUCACAAGAAAUGGAUCACGGGCGCCUUGCGAGCGACUCACAUGACAACUGCCGUUCGGACGGGGGAGCAGGGAACAGGCGGGAUCUCCGUCCUCGUCAUCCCUCUCGAUCUCCCGGGGAUCUCACGGCGCAAGAUCAAUAACACCGGCUGGAAUGCAGGGGACAGUACAUGGGUGACGCUCGAGAACGUCAGAGUACCCGCGGACCACCUCAUUGGGCAAGAGAAUUCCGGCUUCCGCUACAUCAUGACAAACUUCAAUCGAGAGCGUUUUCUCCUCGCGGUGCUCAUGAACGGGCAAGCCCGGAUUUGCCUCGAAGACGCGUGGGCCUACGCCAUGGACCGCCAGACCUUCGGCAAGCCCCUGAUGGCCCACCAGAGCAUCCGCCAUAAGCUCGUCGCGAUGGCGCGCUACAUCGAGUCGCACUGGGCCUGGCUCGAGCAGAUCGCGUACCACGCCCAGCGGGCGGACGGCGGGCGCAUGGGCGCCGAGCUGGCGUCGCGGAUCGCGCUGGCCAAGGUCCAUGGCGGGCGCCUGCUGGAGCUCGCGAACAGGGAGGCGCAGCAGGUCUUUGGCGGCGCGGCGUACCAGCGUGGCGGGGUCGGCGCGCGGAUCGAGCAGAUCGGCCGGGACCUGAGGGUGAACAUCGUCGGGGGCGGCAGUGAGGAGAUCAUCUCGGACUUGGCUGUGCGGCAGGAGAUUGGCGCGGCCGUGGGCAGGGGCGCCAAACUGUGAUGGGCUGCAAGAAUGGUUCAACGCUGGGCUGGUUGUGAUGUUCUGGGUACAAAUUGGCCUGUUCUGUGCUUUUGAUACCGUCUUGCUACCACUGUUGUUUGUGUCUCGUCCACUUACACCAUCUGGACUGUUGGGAGUAUAGGGUGAUGGAUUGGGUUAUUGAAAUGGUCCAUUCUGUCCACAACCGGUAUUCAGAUUGUUGGGACAAAAGUUAAAGCCUAAACAGCUGUAAACUUUGACGUUGUUUCUACAUCAUUUUUCUUAGGGGAAGUUGGGAAGUACUAGAGCAAGUUUUGAAU